GCUGAAUGCUACAUCUUAGGGAGGAGAAUUACAAAAUGUGAGUAGAAAACAAGAUGGAAAAAAAAGAGCAAAAAAAACAUAAAUAGAAAAACAAUAUAAAAAAAUAGCAAUGAAAAUGGUAAUGGGAUUAUCAUAGAGAAACUAAUAAUAUUAAUGGGGUUCUUUACUAAUGUAUUUAAUAGUAAUGGGGUUCUUUACUACUGUAUUUGGGAACAAUGUCCACCGGGCUGUUUUCAGCUGCUUUUUAUUGGUUGAAACAAAACUAUGGGCAACUACUGAUAAUAAAUUGCUCUCUGUAGCAGCACUGGAAGAAUGUAAUGGAGGUAUUUUGCAGGGUUUUUAUAGAAUUACAUUUUGCAAUCAAAGAAACUAAUGUAAUGGCCAUGGUCAGCUUCGUAAACAAAAACAAACUGCUGUCAUCAAUAGAACUUAUAAAAGGAGAAAACAAAACGUAAGAAUGUUAGAUAUAUGCUCCUGAGGUAUGAAAAUUAAGGAAUAUCAAUAAAAUUACAAAUAAUAUUAAAUAUUAGGUUUAUCUGAUUACAUAAGCCUUUUUGAAAAUUAUACAGAAAAACAAUGUUAAUAUUAAAAUGUUUAAUAUGAUGUGUAAUUUCCCUGUAUUAAGUGCAAAAAAACCAUUUCCACAUUUAAAAAAAACAAAACAUUUUUUUUAUCAAUCUUUCUUUUAUUAUGGCAAUUUAGUCACAGGAUACAGAAUAAAGAGAGGAGUUAUUACAAAGUAACACAAUAUAAAGGUAUUGGUGUGAUUUGGAGUACACUCCCAAGAAAGACUGCCUAAUUUUUUUAUAAUAAGUGAACAUAACAAAACAAGCUAGAUUUAACUGUUGCGUAAGGAUAAAUGUGCUUCUACAUUAGGUAUCAUCAUGCGAGGUAACAAUAGAAUAGUGUCAUACGCGUUAUGUAGAUAAGUCAUGCUUGGGUAGUUAGAGAUACAUUUCGAUGGAGUUCUAUAAAAUCAGAACUGGUGCACAUAAACUACCAUGAAACAACACAAGUAUGUAGUAAUAAUAAAGAAAGGAACAGUAUCUGUAUACAACUUGCUAGGUGCGAUGUGAUACCACUGGGGCCAUCUAUUUGAGCUUAACAAAUUUAUAACAGCAAAUGUUGACUGAAUAUGUGUAAAUUAUGCAGUUAAGGUAGAAACCACUGGACUAUGCUUCAGUUUAAUAUGGCUGUACCAUAUGGCUGUACCUAGCUACGUGUGAUAGCAAACAAAUGGAUAGCAAACUAAUAAAGAAUUGCAGGCACUUCAAACAUGACAUAGGUAUGCUAGAUUUAUUCUCUAAUCCCCCCGAAUAAUUAUGAGGCAAGCUGUCUAUUUAGUAAGUGUGUUGGGUGCCCUAUCAGAGUCACAGGGAGGCUGUUAGGUGAAAGUUUACUUGGGAGCUCUCACAGGAGACCGAGUUCUUCGCUGUAGGGGGACGGCAGUGGAUCUUGAUGGUCUGUCGCCGCCUGCGGCGUUGGGUCCUCCAUGUUUGUGUUUGAUGCACUUGGAACAUUUCCCUGUUGGUCUUCAGCCUGGGUGGGCCCCACGUGGUAAGUGUACUGCCAUUGUGGAAGGAGCGCCAUGGAGGGGCCCGCUCGUCUCCCGUCUCUGCUCUCUCCCUUCUGCCAUAGCUGUCCCAAGGUGUGUUAGUAGCUUGCUGUGCCUGCUCCAAUGUGUCUCUUGUGGUCGAGAGUUAGUUUCUAGCAUGUCCACCACCUUGGGGUGGUCUGCCCCGUUCAGGGCCUGCAUCAGUGUAAGUGUUGGAAGGCUGCAGACGGUAGAGGUUUUAGCAAGUGGGGACCGUGAUAACCCCCACCGGUCCAAAGGGGGGGGGGGGGCAGCUUGGUGUCGGUUGGAGAACUGGGGGAAUGGCCGUUUCACCCCAGCUCAAGCUCCAGUAGGCCUUUCAUCCCCAUGUCCAGGCGAUUCAGCUUCGUACAAGCCUGUGUGAGGUGCCUCUGGGUUCACCGACUUCUGCCCCACAAGGUGAGCACCAAUGAAGGUAAAGAUUAGCGUGUGGCUCGCCGUUAGCCCCGGACCUUAGACGACAGGCGCAGGAGCCCAGACAAGAUGAGCCCGAGCCGUUCGGCAGUCAGGCUCCGCCCCUCCACAUUUUUAGUAUUGCAAUCUGGAAUUAAAACUGUUUGGGGAAUGUUUAACAUCUGUUUUACGCUACGUAUUGAAAACUUUGAUGAUACAAAAUUUAUUUUUUGUGAUUAAAAAAGGUAACAAAUAAGUAAAGACACAGACACAUACAGACCCAUUUACACACACAGAAGCUCAUAUACACAAAGACAAAAUCAUAUAUGUAUACACAGGCUUACACACACAAACACAUACGUGUGCACACACAGACUCAUAUACAUACAUACACACACAUUCACAAACACACACAUUCACAAAUUCAUGCACAAACCCUUAAUUUUCAUUUUAUUUCAUUUUUUGGAGGGGAUGGAGGGUGUGAACCUCUCUUUUCUUACCUUUAAAGGGAGAGCUGCGGAUGGGUGGACGACUGUUGGGAUCAGUUUUUGUACUGAUUGCACAGCUCCCUUCUGCUUUGUAUAUUGCACAAUACCUUAUCUUAGUCCCGCGGGCCCGUGAGGAGGUACCCAGUUGCCGACUCCUCCCGGCAACAGCGCAGCAUGUCGGAUGCCGGCUGUUUAACACAUGCUCCCUUUUAUGACGCAGCGCCACAAAAAUUCAAAAUAUUUCACGCUCCUUGAUAUUUUUGGUGCGUGGAUUUAAAGCAAAAGACGCUCCCCUAUAAAAGAGCGCCUUUUGCUUUUGUUUAGUGCCCUAUUGUGGUUUACUAGUUGUUCCCUCUAGUGCUAUACUGAUUCCUGUAUGUGUUAUUUGGUAUUUGAAUUGGCUUGUUUAUUAUUGACUUUUAUGCUUUCUGGUAUCCUAACUCGGCUUGGUUUCUCGUUUAUCCUGUUUCCUGGUUUCCUGACUCGGCUACUCCUUAUCGUUAUCCUGAUCGAUGGUUUUGCUUGACUAUUCUAUCGCUAUUCACAUUAAACCUGGCCAUUCUAAAGUCCGGUAAUACGUUUUCUACUUUGGGUUACAUUUUGCGUGUUCGGGUCACUUGUCAUGACGGUAUAGAUAAGGGUGAUGUCACUGCCCAGCUCUAGCAUCUGGGGUUCGAAGAAGCUGGGUAAUGAGUACAGAGAGAUCCCACCUUUCAGAAAGGGACUGUCCUCAGACAACACCACCAUACAUGAAAAUAUUUAUAACCCCACUUCAGGUUACAUGAGCACAACUCUGGAAUAUCAUUAAAGAAUUGUGUGGCAGCCAGGGCCGGAUUAACAUAGGGGCUGAGGGAGCUGCAGCUCCAAGCCCAGGUCCAUUUUUUUUUUACACACACUACUCUUAGGGAUGCCAGGUAUUUCUCAUUUAUUUCUUAUGGUUGCCAAGUAUUUCUCAGAAGUAUUUCUCAGGUAUUUGAGGCUGCCUAGCCGGUGCAAAUGUCUGUCUCAGUAAAAAAACAGAGAUUAUUCUGCAAUACCAGCGCUGGUCAGUAGGGGUCGCUGUUUGUAUGGUGAGAGACAGGGAUAAGAAGUUACAGCAUCUCCCUCCCUGCCUCUCUCUACUCACUGAUCCACGCGGGGAGCAGCUCUGCACAGAGAGUCCAGCCAGCAGCUCCGAGUCUGCGAGACAUGGGGACGGUGAGAGACUUGGGGACGCUGAGACAUUGAGACACUGGGAGACAUAGGGACACUGGGGAACAUGAGACACUAGGGGUACAGUGGCCCUAUGUCUCCCAGUGGCCCCUAGUCUCUUAGUGUCCCCAUGUCUCCCAGCCAGUGUCUCAGUGUCCUCAUGUCUCCCAGUGUCCCUGGUGUCUCUCAGUGUCCUCAUGUCUCCCAGUUUCUCUGGUGUCUCUCAGUGUCCCUAGUGUCUGUGACCCUAGUCUCCCAGAGUCCCCUAGUCUCUCAGUGUCCCUAUGUAAUUCAGUGUCCCCAUGUCUCACAGUGUCCCAAUGUCUCUAAGUGUCCCCUAGUGUCCUAGUGACCUCGGGACACUGGGAGACAUGGGGACACAAACACUAGGGGACACUGGACGACAUGGGGACACUGAGACACUAGGGGACACUGAGAGACAUAGGAACACAGGGAGACUUGGGGACGCUGAGACAAUGGGACACUAGGAGACAUAGGGACACUGGGGAACAUGGGGACCCUGAGACACUAGGGACACCAUGGCCCCAUGUCUCCCAGUGGCCCAUAGUCUCUCAGUGUCCCCAUGUCUUCCAGCCAGUGUCCCUAGUGUCUCAGUGUCCCCAUGUCUCCCAGUGUCCCUGGUGUCUCCCAGUGUCCCUGGUGUCUCUCAGUGUCCCUAGUGUCUGUAACCCUAGUCUCCCAGAGUCCCCUAGUCUCUCAGUGUCCCUAUGUAUCUCAGUGUCCCCAUGUCUCUCCCAGUGUCUCAGUGUCCCCAUGUCUAACAGUGUCCCAAUGUCUAUAAGUGUCCCCUAGUGUCCUAGUGACAUCGGGACACUGAGAGACAUGGGGACAUAGACUCUAAGGGACACUGGGAGACACAGGGAUACAAACAGUAGGGGACACUGGGCGACAUGAGGACACGGAGACACUAGGGGAUACUGAGAGACAUGGGAACACAGGGAGACAUGGGGACACUGGACGACUUUGAGACCUGGGAAACAUGGGGCACUCCCAGUGUCCCCAUGUCUCCCAGCCAAUGUCCCUAGUAUCUCAGUAUCGCCAUGUCUCCCAGUGUCCCUGGUGUCUCUCAAUGUCCGUAGUGUGCCAGUGUCCCUAGUGUCUCAGUGUUUUCUAGUCUCCCAAAGUCCCCUAUUCUCCCAGUGUCUAAGUGUCCCAAUGUCUCCCAGUGUCCCCAUGUCUCCUAGUGUCUCAGUGUCCCCUAGUAUAAAAGAAAAAAUCUCAGGCACUCACUGUGAUAGAUUUAAGCAGGUUUUUUGGACACCACAACGUUUCAACCUGUACCCAGGUCUUUAUCAAGUCUCCAGUGUCCCCUAUGUAUCACAGUGUCCCCUGCCCUGUGUAUCAGAGUGUCUCAGUGCCCCAUGUCUCCCAGUGUCCCUGGUGUAUCUCAGUGUCCAUAGUGUCUCAGUGUCCAUAGUGUCUCAGUGUCCUUAGUGUCUCAGUGUUCCCUAGUCUCUCAGAAUCCCCUAGUCUCUCAGUGUCCCCAUGUCUCACAGCACCCCCAAGUGUCUCAGUGUCCCCUAGUAUAAAAGAACAAAAAUCUCAGGCACUCACUAUGAUAGAUUUAAACAGGUUUUUUGGACACCGCAACGUUUCAACCUGUACCCAGGUCUUUAUCAAGUCUCCAGUGUCCCCUAUGUAUCACAGUGUCCCCUGUGUAUCAGAGUGUCUCAGUGCCCCAUGUCUCCCAGUGUCCCUGGUGUAUCUCAGUGUCCGUAGUGUCUCAGUGUCCUUAGUGUCUCAGUGUCCCCUAGUCUCUCAGAAUCCCCUAGUCUCUCAGUGUCCCCAUGUCUCACAGUGCCCCCAAGUGUCUCAGUGUCCCCUAGUAUAAAAGAACAAAAAUCUCAGGCACUCACUGAUUUAAGCAGGUUUAUUGGACAUCGCAAUGUUUUGACCUGUACCCAGUUCUUUAUCAAGUCUCCAGUGUCCCCUAUAUGUAUAUCACAGUGUCCCCUAUGUAUCACAGUGUCUCAGUGCCCCAUGUCUCCCAGUGUCCCCUCGUGUCUCAAAGUCACCCAGUGUCGCCAUUUCUCCAUGUCUCCCAGUGUCCCCAAGAGUCUCAGUGUCCCAAGGUCUCCCAGUGUUCCCUAGUAUCUCAAUGUCCCCUAGUGUCCUAGUGACAUGGGGACACUGGGAGACAUGGGGACACAGACACAAAGGGACUGGGAGACAUGGGGACACGGAUAUGCCCCCUUUUUGUGUAUGUUCACCCCUUUCAGUGGUUCUGGUUAUGUGAUUUGUGUCAGUGGCCCACCCUUUUACCCCAUCUAUAGACUUCCUGCUUUACUGGACACUGCUGUUAGGGGGAUGGGUUUACUUGAAAGAUGAAAAUGUGAGAUUUCUCAUAGCUGCAUCAUGCGAGUUUCCCUCCAGCACUAUCUCCAUCAGAUACAUGACCCUUAGGAGGUAGGACUAUUUUAGUGUUUUUGGUCCAUAAGAUUUUGUAAUUAGGCCCAUCAUAAUAAUAAUUGUCAGCACCAGGCCCACUGGGCUCUUAAUCUGGCCCUGGUGGCAGCCUAGCAGGUGCUCAGAUUGCCCUGAUCAGGUGCUUGGGCUGCCCAUAGAUCAGAGACCAUAUUAUUGGCCCAUGAUAGGGUACACAUUUUCUGGGCAGGAGGCUGGCUUUCAACACAUCUAAUCUUUUCACAGAAUAUGUGAGCUGAAAAGGACACAGUUAUUUGUUCCUAGCAGCAUAAGAUAAAAGGUGACAGGAGCAUUUAUCUGGAAUGGAAGAUUGUUUCUGUAACAAUCUGCAAUACAAUACAAAUACAGUACAAAUAUUUGUAUUUGCUUUUCUUUGUUUAACAUUUGCAGCACAAUGUUAUUAUAUAUACCUUGAAAGUGUUAGGUAUGUUAUCUAAAUCAAUUGGUAAAAUGUAUGGCAAUGGGAUCAAAUUAAUGAAGGCGCUUUGGUUGCCACCAAUUAGCAGUUGAAUGGAAGUUUAAAUAGGGCAGAGACAAUCACAUUUGUCCAGGGUUAGACAUACGAAACAUUUGGUUGAAGCAGCUGAAUUUGAGUAGCCUUGUGCCAUUUAACUGCUUUCAGGAGCUUAGUGGAUAGAGCUUGUUUUUUUGUUUUGAACAAUGUUUAGAAACAAAGGGGGAAAAGUCUCUUUGGCUUUAAAUAUUACUGAAAGGCGAACAAAGGGCAUACUUGCUGUCAAGAAAUGAAGAAUAGUGCUUUACAGUGCAUAUGAAAACAAGACAGGACGUGGACAAAAUAACAAAACGUUAAGGGUUAUACAAGUGUCAAUUGUUGGGAAAUUAAAGAGAAUGUCAAAUGUUCUGUCAAAAUAGCUGAACUAAAAACAGUCUCCAAUUCAUGUUUUUGGUUCGAUCAUUUUUGCCUAGUAUUAAAAAUCCAUUUAAAUUCACCUUAGGGCUUAUUAAUGAAACAUCACAUUAUACCUGAAUUGAAAUUUGAAUUUCACAAUUUAGACCAACAUGUCUUACCUGGAAAAAUUCUCAAACUCAGCUUGAGUUACUACUUGCUAUUGUACUCAAAAUGUUGCCACUUGGAAUUUAAUUUGCGACAAUUUGAAGUUUAGUGAAUAACCUUGCUUCGGUGCCUGAAAAUUCACAAUCUGGGGAAUAACCAUAAUAGUGAUGGUUUGAAAAAAAAAUUAUGGUAGAAAAAUCUAGACAAAUCCAGCACUUUCAAUGUUUAGAUUUUUUUAUAAAUUGGAUGAAAUGAUCUGGCUCUACUUGGCUCUAAGAUUCUCCCAUAGAUUAUAUUAAAAUGUAUUAUCAAUAAGAAACAGUGUUGAAUUUGAUUAAGACUAUUCUAUCAUGCGUGAGGACAGUGUUUGUACACAAAUGAUUUUGGUACAAAGCGGGUAGUACUUUGUUACACAAUGCAACCUCUAAGAGAUCAAGCUUGCUGGUGUGACACAUUGAGUCUAGAACAGAGUGUCAAGAAGUUAAGUCCAUGUGAACCUUCCUUCAUCCUCUAAUCCCACAGAAUCCUUUUCAGUAAGCUUCUUCAAAAAUAUAUUUAUAAGUCACUCUUACUAUUCCCUCCCACUACACAGGAUUCCUCAGCUAAUAGGAUUUUGGGUAGCCCUACCAACCUCAGCUUCCUCAAGGAUUGAAGGUCAGAACUAUAUAAGAGAGAGGGAGACAGGUCAUAAGGACCUUGCUGUAGUCGGGGAGUACAAGAGAGCACACGCAACUGAACUCAAGCAAAAAGUGUGUCAAGGUUUGUAUCAAUAAAUACAUAUUUGUUGAUAUUACCAUCUUUGUAUAUGUAUGUACUUGCUUCCAAGGGUAUAAAAAUUUACUUAUAAGGUGCCAAUGGAUUGCAAUGCUGUACAGUCGGGAAGUAAAUAUAUUUGUGACUUGUGUAAACAAAGGGAUAUUCUAAAUUAGGUAAAUGUGAUUGAAUGUAUAUUUCGUCUUGCUUCACGUAUACCGGUUUAUACAGCAUUAAUGAGUUUAUAUUUUUAAUAAAUACAUUUAUUGGGGAAUUGUACAUAUGAAAUGGCCCACCAAGCUAUUGGUAAAUGACAGUAAGAAAAUGAGCAGUUAUCGUGAUUGAUUUUAGAUACAAAUUACUAUAUAUUUUCUUAAAACUGAUGGAGAUGUAAAAUAACAGAUGACAUUUGUAUCUUGUAAUACCUUUUUAUUGGACAAAAAUAAUUUUGGAAUGUCAAGCUUUCAGGAGAUUCCCCCUUUAUCAACUCUAUAGAGAAAUGCUUAGACUUGAGAAAAGAAGGAUCACCUAAAAGCUUGCCAUUACAAAAUGUUGUUAGUCCAAUAAAAAAGGUAUUACACUAUAUGAAUUUCAUCUAUUAUUUUACAUCUGCAUCACUGGACUAAUACGGCUACCAUCUCUACUCUAAAACCAACUGAAUAUUAGAACUAUAUAAACAUAGAUUGUUACUGAAAAUAAGAACCAGUCAUCGAGUCUAUCCAUUAUGAUUUCUGUGUCUUCAUUACUUUCUUAUACUACAAAAUAUUUAACAUGUUAGUGAGAUUAUUCUGUUUUAUGGCUAGAGGCAAUAUGUCUCCCUUUUCUAAUAUGGAAGAGCAACUAAAAUGCUGGAUAUUUGGGUCCUGUUCAGGUUGAGUGGGGACCUUCCAGAGAAAUGGUGAUGAGGUAGGCAUGAAAGAAGAUGGAUAGAGCUAUUUAUUUUUAAACUGAUAAAUAGUUUUGAUUAAUCUACAUGAGAAAAUCUUGGAAUUAGAUAUCAAGUGAACAAAAAAAUAGGCAGCAAACAUUACGUUGAAAAAGAUGUAAGCUGUUAUGGUGGAGCACUUAGUGAAUUAUUCUAAUGUGAUAAUAAUUUGUAUAAAUUUGCAUAAAUACCUUCUUAAAGUGCCAAUCUUAUAAAGUAAUCUAGCAAACAUUAUGUGUACACUAUUAGAAGGCAUCAUUGUAUAUUGGAGUCACAUUCAUUGCACAGGAAUGUAGCAUUGAAAGUCAGUAUUUGUGGAACGGUGUUACCCUAUGCUGCCAUAUUUGUAGCUUAGAGGGUUACUCCAAGUAUCAUAACCCCUACAGCCCACUGUAAUGGUUAUGAUGUUUGGAGAACCUUUCCGACAUUCCCUUGUAAUGGGACAAACCUGGAUACCUCUGGGUGCUCAGCCUUAUGUCAUGCCAAGUAUCUUUCAUCCAGCAUCUGCUGAGCUGCAGAAGUUGGAUGUCAAUCCCGCCAGUCAUUCAUUGGCUGAAAGCGUCAGCCAAUGAAUAACCCUAUGUGCAUGGAAUAUGCCCAGAAUUGACAUUAGCCAGCCUAGAACUCUCUAGUCACUAGCCUAAAUAUCUCAGUAUGUGUAGUGUUUCAUGCUGAAUCACUGCAAAAACAGAUUCCAUGUACUUUGACCACUUCAAAACACUGUAGUGGUCAUGGUUCUUGGAGUAGCACUUUAAGCAGAUCAAUAGUGGUAUGUGCCCUUAUAAUACAUAAUGUAAUUUUAUACAAAAUUAAACAUUGUAUUCCUUACUUUGCCUAUUUUAAUUUAUGACUUGUUAGAUGUGUUAGAGCGUGAAACCCAAAUUAUUCAUUUCUAUAGAAAAAAAAACAAGGGUAGAUUGUUUUGCUUGGAAUGUGACUGUUGAUGUGUCCAGAUUAUCCAAAUAGUUAUAAGCAAGACUUACUGGCAUGAUCGUUUUUCAUUUGAUCUGGCUCCAUAAUCUGCAAUACCUUGCGUCGUUAACACUAUUACGUAGUUCUGCAUUUAGGUUAAAGAGAUUUGAGUACCUAAUUGACAGCUGGUUGCUUUUAUGUAAUUUGCUGUCUUAAUGUGAAAGCCUUGUCUCAGUCUAUCUUAAUAAAAUAUUCUGAUCCAUAUGCUGGUUCUUGACUAAACAAACCUCAAGAUUCUGUUCUUUUUAACUUUGCUUUAUAUUUGGGCUAUUUUGUAGUUGCCUUGAAGAAAGAAAUAUAAUCUAAAUCCCAAUUUACUGUGCCACAUUGAGAACAAAUAUUGAAAAUGCCAUGUGAUAUAAAGUUGGCUUUUUAAUUUCAAUACUGCUUUGGACCUAGUAUCCUUUAAAUAUGCCACUUCUAAAUAAUACCACAUAUUAUCAUUACUUUAAAAUAUAUGCAUUAUCUCGAAUUAAGACAUAUUUCCAAACCAAUAUUGUUCUGGAAUAUAACAUGGGUGAAAUAUUUAUUCAGUUCAUUUUCUCACAACUAUAAUAUACUGCAUUCUCUAUCAAGCUUCUUAACUUCCUAAUCAUCUAAAUUAGUACACACAAACUAGUGCUCCUCAUAAUCAUCCUUCUGUGUGAGAAUGGGAGCUCGUAUCCUUCUCACACCUUCAGAUACCAUGCCUAAUCCACCUUUAAAAGAUAUUGCAUGCCUCAUUGGCAGGGCUACCAUCAGAAAUUUGGGGUCCUCUUACAGCUCAAAGAUUAAGCGCCAGGGGCAAGCCCUUGAGUAUGCCCACAGGGCUUGUCCUGUGUCCGCCCACAGGGAUGCAGUUUAAGUGUGUGUGUAAGGGAUGCAGUGUGUGCGUAGUGGAUUUAAUGUGUAUGAGGGAUACAGUGUGAGUGUAGAGUAGAUGUAGUGUGUGUAUAUACUGGAUACAGUGCUUGUGUGUUUAAGGCAUGAAUUAUGUGUAUGUAAGGAAUGCACUGUGUGUAGUACAUACAGUGUGUGUGUGUAAGGGAUACAGUGUGUGUGUAAAGUGGAUGCAGUGUGUGUUUGUGUAAGGGAUACGUUUGUGUGUGUAAAGUUAAUGCAGUGUGUGUAUCGAAUGCAGUGUGAGUAUAGUCAGUGCAGUGUGUUUGUGUGUGUAUAGUGGAGUAUGUGUAAGGGAUACAGUGUUUAUGUGUGCAUGUGAACUUGUGGGAUUGGAUAGGGGCUAUGAUCCGUGGGGGGCAAGAGAGGAGAGUUUUAAAAAUUACUAUUUAAGGUUAUACCUCCCUCCCAUUGUGAGGGGACACUACAUUCACUGAUGUGUGGUGUUACUCUAUAGCCUUCAGCUUAAACCUGCAUCAGGUGCAAGAUCUUGCAAACAUUGUGUAGUAAUAGACUUCUGCUGUAAUAACCCGCAGCAACACUCUACCAAGCAUACAAGGUCCAGCAAACUCGCUCAUUAACUAUGCAUCAAUUUCAAGUCUCACGGAAUGUACGUUUUAUUUAAAAAAAAUAUGAUCAUACAUCACAUACGCCUGCCACAACAUCAAUGUACCCCAUUCUAGGCAGGUCCUACUCUAGCAACCUAAUGCUUGCUCUUAUAAGAUUAAUCCACUUGCUUGGGAAUGGGGUGCAUUGACAUUGUGGCAGGCUUAUGCAAUGUAUGAUCAUGUACUGUAACUAAACACCCAUUAAUUUGAGGGGAAAUUAGGAGUUUUUAAAUAAAACUAUUACAUUUUGUGAAACUUGAAAUUGCUGUUUAGUGUAUAACUAUAAAUAAAUAUAUAUAUAUUUGGGAGUCCAGGCCAACUCCUUGGUUUUGCACCCCUCCCUGUCACAGGUGCCUCAUUCCAGGACCCUAUUUAGCCUUGACUUGCAGAGAGUCUCAGAAGGAAGAAUUUUUCCAAGUAAAUGGAUUAAUCUCAUAAGAGCAGGCCUGACAAGAAUGGGCAGUGUGACCAGAUCAACCAUGUUUACAGGGACACUUAUAAGUUUCUCAUAUUUAUGAAAACUCAUGAAAAUGGUUGGCCUAUUCUGCAUUAUUGCCAACUGCCUAAUUGCUUAAUUGCUGGGUUCUUCAUUGCCUAAUUGCUUAAUCUGAUAUACCUUCUUCCGAAUUCUACUUACUACAGGACUACCCUUUUCAUGUGCUGCCCAUCAAUAUGUUUGUGAUAUGUCCCAGUAAACAUGGUGGAUCUGGCCACCCUGAGGAUGGGGUACAUUGACGUUGUGGCAGGCUUAUGCAAUGCAUAAUUAUAUACUGUAACUAAACCGCCAUCAUUUUUUGGCCUAGGUGAGGUGUUUUUAAAUAAAACUAUUACAAUCUGUGAGACUUGAAAUUGCUGUUUAGUGAAUGAACAAGUGCACUGGAUCUUGUAUGUUGUAUGAAUUGGCCUCGGCAGCACCCUUAGUAUGCAUGAUCAGAUGAGUGCAGUCCUCUUACAUUAGGGUGUGUAUAUAUAUAUAUAUACAAGAGCACCCUUGGUAUUUUCACCGUAUAUUUAAUGUAACUUCAUCACUUCGACCCUCCUGGAUCUUUAUCAAGAUCAUAUUUAUAUAUAUAUAUUUAUAUAUAUACAUAUAAGGAUGCCAGGGUAGGGAGUUAUGGUUUUGUAACCAUCAUAGUUUUUAAGGGCUAGACUGUACAGGUUACUGUUGUUUUUUGUGACAUUUAGACUUUCUUCUUCAUGUUGCAUUAGCAACCACAUCAUAUUCUCACAGCUAUCUGAAAAUGGAUGUUUACUGCUCUUGGUAUCUUGAUUUCCCCCCGGUAUUUACAUGUGCAAAUACCCUAUGGAAAGGGUGCCCAAAAGGUAGAUCCCCAGAUGGUUUAACAUACAGCUUUCAGGGGAGCCCAGAAGGUAGAUCCCAGAUGUUUUUAAACUACAGCUUCCAUGAUGCUUUGUCAUUCUAAAGGCAUGCAGUGCAUCAUGGGAGUUAUAGUUCUACAACAUCUGGGGAUCUACCUCUUGGGCACCCCUGCCCUAGGUUCUUAGCUGCAACAGUCAAGAGAAAGAAUACUAUUGGUAGGUACACAUAUAUUUUUGUACCUUUUGAAUGAUGCAACUGAUCCCCUCCCCCCCAGAUCUGGACCAUCAUUUUAAAAUUAUUGACUGCAAAAGUCUGCUACUCAGAAGCUGCUGCAUGUGCCGUGGAAUCAUCAGGACUCUGUCAGUCUUAAAGGGACACUACUCCACUGGCCGAAUUAAAAAAAUUAAAAUCACUGUUUAUUAAACCCUAAUUAAAACAUGCAUGUAUUAAAUUAUGCAUUUUGUCAUUGGGGGUGUAUCUAAAAACAGCUUGCAAAAUCUUCAGAUCUCUUGUCUGAAUCCUUUGCAAGCCCUCCCUUCCCCAAGCCAGACUUUCUGUGGCUGUCCAAUCACAGACUUCCAAAUGCAGCUCAAUGAGAAGCCUUUUCAAGACAGGCAGUCUGAGCAAUUGUCUGCCUCUUGACUUUAGCUCCAGUGAGCUUAACGACCAGGAAGCAACCGAACCAGUUGUCUGAAUGACAGCCAGGGGGCAUAACAUGGUGAAUUAAUAAAAGUGACAAUUGCUAUGGAAAUCUGCAAUUUUGUUUUUUAAAUGGAAAAAAGAACAUUCUCUUCACAUAAAGCACUUCAGCAAAAUAAAGUGCUUUAGUGGUCUGGAGUGUCCCUUUAAGCUUCUCUUUGACAGCUUUGAUGUAUUAUUUGAAGAUAUUCACCUGGUAAUAGUUAAUUUUAAUGGUUAAUGGUUGCUCACAGUGAGGAUAUGUAUUUUUUUAGACGGAUUAAUACAUUUUGAAAACACUGGGAGAGCAGAACUUAAUUUACGGAUAUACUGCCCUUUACUGGCCUCUCUGUACUUUCCCACAGAGUCAUUCUUUCAUGGAUCACAAUCAUUAUCAAACGCCUAGAGAAUAUCACUCCGAGUUAAGGUUUCAUUAGCACCUGCUGUGCUCUGUGCCUGGCUAUUCCUCUUCCUUUCUCUCCAAUCAAAUAACAAAGCAGUUUUACUUUGAGGUUCUCGUCUCUGUAUGUCAGUGUGAGGUCUAUAAACAGGGAACAUUUCUCUGUCAAGCUUCUCAUACCUUGCAACACAUUAAAAGUAAUUCCAUUGAGACCCUGGUGGUUUCUUUCUGCUGCCUGCCAUGUAUAUCAUAUAACUUUAUAUGCUUACUUACAGUUAUCUCUGCCAUGUAACAUUCCGGUACUUUAACAGCAAGUUGUAAUGGGCUGUGGGUGACACUUUUAGUAUCUGAAAAUAUUAUAGUAUUCAAACUUAAGAAUCAAGCAAACAUAUUUAUAAUGCUGCAAUACACAAUUUAUAACAAUAUAUGGAGAAUUAUUUAUGGAUUGCUUGCAGCUUCUGGCUGGUUGCUUGUGUGACAAAUUGUUAAAAUAAUGUUCAUUGGGAGUACAAAGCAAGAAUUGGAAAUACACAUUUAACUAAAAAUCUCAAGCACAAUUUUCGGCUGGGUCAAGAUUGAUGACCUGGUUCCAUUUUGAAAAUCGAACAUGGUUAAUACUUAAUAUUACUUCAUACCUCUGACUGGCAGUUUACGAUAUUUCACCAUUGACACCCCUGACAGUUUUUCACCACUAUUACAGGGUAUGUACUUUUAAAAGAACCAGACUGACUAACAACGGAAAUUGUAUUAGUUUUGUGAUGUAUUGGGCUUUUUAUCUGUCCUCCUCAUCAAUCUUGUUUAGUCUAUUUUCUCCCUCUGAAUAGCAUAUUUCUAUAUUCAAGGUACCCCAAACAUGUAUACAUUUUAUGCACAUAUGUGACCGUGUUAUCUCUUCAUCUAACGCGUAUUCUCUUUUCUCAAUGCUCCCAUCACAGGGCAGAAUUAUGACACCUUGCUUUAACCUUAAAGUGUUACUCCAUCCCUUUAAAGCUUUCACUUACCUGGAAUUCAGUGCUGGAUGAAGCUCUCGCUGCUUCCUUCCAUGCCCUAUCCAACAUCAGACAAGGCCUUGUGCGGUCCAUUAAAAUGAUUCUCAUAGAGAAGCCUUUGAUUUGGACAGUUCAUCGGCUCAGAGCACAUACAAGGCAUUUGAUCUAAUGAGGGUAGGGGGAGAGGUAGUGGAGAGGGAGAUUGGUAGGAAGGGUUGGAAAUUUAAUUUACAAAAAACACAAUAUUCAGGGGAUAAGGAGGCAGGAGGGCUCAACUCAGGAAGGGAGAAGCUCAAUACAUCCAUUGCCAAAAUGCAGUGUGCCAUGACUACAGAUGUAUUUUAUGCACAGAAUUGACAUUAGGCAAAGUCACAUUUCAAGCAGAAACAUUGCACAUGCCAAUUCAAACCACCAUGACCACUUCAAAUCACUGAAAUGGUCUUAGCGGUUGGAGUUUAACAUUAACACCUAUCCUAGCUUGCUUCCUUCACUGUGCUCAGAAAUGAUUUAGACAUAAUAAAGGGAGGAACUCCCGAAAGCUUAUCACUACAAAUUUCUGUUCCAAUAAAAAAAUGUAUUAAAACAUAAUGUAAUACUUCACUAUUUUGCAUCUAUUACUGGACUAACAAACCAACUCAAAUAUCAUGACCACAUGUCUUUCUGUUAUUUUGGGACAUUUUAAUUUAAUUUAACGAGGUUAGCAUUUAGCAACAUCAAAACUGUAAUACCGUCUUUCCCUGAAAAUAAGACAUAUUAAUUUGUCCCAUGAAAAACAAGGUAGGGUUUAUUUUCGGGGGAUGUCUUAUUUUGGGGGAAAAUGUAAGCAUGUGCUAGAAAGCAGGUCUACAUUCGGGGGAAUUCCCUCGAACAUAGACAAGUUCACUAGGGCAUUGAAACCCGCAAACCGCAUGUGCGUGUAAACUUUCCCAAACAUAGAUUAGCUUACUCGCGAAUGGAUUCCAGUGAAUCUAUGUUUGGGAAAACUUCCCCGAACAUAGAUUAGCAAACUAGUGACUCGCGCCUAGGGAGUUUUUUCGGGGUCAUAUUAUGAGUAUCCCCCAAAAAUAAGCUAGGGCUUAUUUUAGGGACAUGUCUUAUUUUUAGGGAAACAGGGUAUUACUCAUAUAGUAUCAUGAAGCUAUAGGUGCCAAUCCUUUGUCCUUCUGAAUCAGAAACUGAAAUGUAAAAAAAAUAAAUAAACGUAUGCUCAGUCUUUUUUUCUUAUAAACAGAAAUAGUGUAUCAUAAAAAUGUAAGUUAUAAAAUAUUUCCUCCUCUUUUGCAGAUUUGAACAAUCAUCAUGGCAGACGGUUCAAAGUAAGUUUAGACUAACAUUUUAGUAUUCAAUUAACUUCUAGAAUAGUAUUUACAAAAAAUAGACUUUACUGUUUUUAAUUUUUUCUUAUAUAUAUUUAAUUAAACAUGUAAUUACUAUUAUAACUUCCCAAAUCAAUCAAGAAAGAAUUCUACCACAAGAAAAAGGAUGAUAAAAACAUUCUCUAGUUUUUUAAAAAUUAUUUUUAUCAAAUGCAUGUGUGUGCACAGACCAUGUAAAGAUGUGUGGUGCAUUUUUGAAGUUAAGACAAAUUAGUUGGAGAUCUAUUAACCAUGUAUUAACUUAACGCAGCCCCAGCCUUAUGUAUAAAGGGGAGGAGUUAGCAGAUUCCAACACUACUUUAAACUUAAAGGAACACUAUAGAAUUAGGAACACAAACAUGUAUUCCUAACCUCAUAAAAAAAAACAUCAAGCCCCCCUGGUUCCCUUAAAUAUAGCAAAUUCUUACUUUUACUCCUGUUUGCCACUGCUGGCUCUGCCUCUGACCUACCUGCUUCUCUGACAUCAUCAGAAGUGUUGAUCAAAAGCCAAUCACAAUGCUUUGCCAUGGGAUUGGCUGAGACUGUCAAUGAGGCAGAUCAGAGGCAGAGCCAGCACAAGUCAAACACAGCCCUUGCCAAUCACCUUCUCCUCAUAGAGAUACAUUGAAUCAAUGCAUCUCUAUGAGGAACAUACAGUGUCUCUAUGCAGAGGGUGGAGACACUAUGCAGCACUGCCCCAGGAUGCCAUCUGAAGAGUGGCCAGUGAAGUUAUCACUAGGCUGUAAUGUAAACACUGCUUUUUCUCUGAAAAGACUGUGUUUACUGCAAAAAGCCAGAAGGGAAUGAUUAUAUUAACCAGAACAAAUACAAUAAGCUGUAGUUGUUCUGGUGACUAUAGUGUCCCUUUAAUGAAGAAGACACCGGACUUCAAAUUAAGAAGAGACUCCUCAAUCUACGAUUAGUAAAAAGCUAAAAAAAAUAUAUAUUUUUAUUAAAAUAAAUGACGUGGCUGGAACAGACAUGGGGAGCUUGGAUCAAUGCAUUUUAUGUCUGUAUAGUAGAUGCAAUGUGUGUAAAGGGUACAGUGUAUGUAUGUGAAUUUGUUGGAUCGGCGCUGUGGUCUGUGGGGGGUAAGAGGGAAGCAUUUUUUUUACUAUUUAAAGUUAUUCCCCAGUCCCUGUUUCUUACCUGUAACCGUGUCCCCCAACAAAUUCAUCAAGGCACACCAAUAGUUCAGUAUUUCCAAAUUAUGUUCCAGUUGGAAUAAUGACGAAAUACACCAUCAUGGGUUGGGAACCACUUACCUAUAGUACAUACAGUUACCUUGUCUAACCAUGGCCUUUGAAAUAGGUUGAUUCAUUUGUUCAUUUGUUUUACAGAGUUUUUAAGAAGACCAGCUCUGACAGCAAGGUAGGUUGCAGCAGGAGACCACACCAUUGCAUUAGCAUUUCAAGGCAGGUUCACAAGUGGUUUUUGGGGUGAAUUUACAAAAGAGUGCUUGAGGGGUUAUUAACCAGGACUUUGCAAAAUUUAAAGAUAAGAAAAGUAGAUGAUUUAGAAAAAUUGCUGUGUUGGAGAUUGUUUUUCAGCUUGGUUGUGCUUGCCUACAUUUUGCAUUUCUCUGAUUCAUUGCAGGUUGUGGCAGGUAAGUAGUGAGCCUAUGUGUCCAUAUGUGUGAUAUAUUGCAAGAGGGUAAGAUACACAUUCACACAUUGCAAAAUUACGCUCCACUAGUAAUUAUUAGAAAUGAAAAUGCAAUUAUGGACAGGAUUAUUGGCUGAACCGUGAAUUGUUCGGAAUUCAUCAGGAAUUGAACAUUUUGUGCUAAAAUAAUCAAAAUGGAAAAAUCCUUUUUUUGACGAGUUAUCACCAAGCGCUUUCAAGAUGUAUUUUCUUAUAUAAGUGAAUAUGAGACGAUAUAUAUUUAAUAAUCUUAUGCGACACACAUCACAAGUCUGAAACCGUUAUCAGUUUUUUUUAGAUUUCCAGUUUAUGCAGAUAUUUAGAGUUUAUUUUUAACUGGUACAAAAAAACAUGUUCUAGUAGGACAAAUUAACAAAUGCUUACCCUGAUCUGAAAAAGAAAAGUGUUAAAACCUCACUUUUGUUUAUCAGAACUAUAGCCAAUCUUUUAUUUUCCGUUUCCCUAAGCUAUCCAUCUACCUUGCAAAACGAGACUAUGUGGACCAUGUGGAAUUUGUGGAACCUGUAGGUAAGUAGGUCUAAGCCCUGAAUGGCAUCAAUGCAACAUUUUUCCAAUCAUAACCUCAGUCUUUAACUAAACAUGCUUCUUUUUAUUUUAUUACUGUAGAAGGAGUAAUUCUGAUUGAUCCUGAAUAUCAAAAAGAGAAAAAAGGUAAUACGUAAACAGGUUUGAGGAUUGCUAAUAUGUAUAUGACUGAUUAUUCCUGUAUCAGAAUAGAAAACCUAAACACAUUAACACACUAUUUGUGCCCUAAACACAUUAUUUUUUAUUACAAUUCAAAGCUCAAGAUAUAGUAAACCAGAGUUGUGCAUUUGGAUUUAGCUGAAUUGUGGCCAAUAAACAAAAUGUUGAUUUUUUUUUUUUUCACAGAUCAAGUGAGAAGUUACCAAUAGAAGGAAAAAAGAGGAUCAUAUAUAUCAUAUAUAAAGAUUUUCUUAUAUUUAACCUCUCUUUUCCUCUAUCACUUACUUUAUCUGUGAGCUAAAUGGUGGGAAAAUGCAGACAAACCAAAAUGGCCCAAAAUACAGAUCGAUAUAUAUAUAUAUAUAUAUAUAUAUACACACAUAUAUAUAUAUGAGAGCAGCAAACUGAUUGGUCCAUUUUCAUACACUUUUGGUUCUCCUGGACAUUUCUCCAAAUAUUUUCCAUGGACGAUACUCUGCCAAAUCACAUGGAUAAGCAUCGGACAUCCCAGAAAAAUAAAAAAUAAUUUUGGGAAAAAUUAGUCAAACUGAAAUUUCCUGCCAUGCACAAGUCUGUAAGAAGCCACACAGAGUAUAAUCUAUUGUACAUUGUACCAUUAAUUUUAUGAACUACGGACAGCACUUAAGACAGGCAGUUGGGUAAACUAAGGAAUACCAGUCACAAUCAACAUAACAAUACUAAGACAUAACAAAGGACAUAAUAUGGGUUUUGUUUUACAUGCACUUUUACAAAUGCACUGAUAUUUUAUAUAAGCAAUACUUCUUCUUUACUGCUGUUUCAAUAUAUCCAUCAUCAAAAUAAAUAUAUAUAAUUGUGAUCAUCCAAUGGAGGAAGCAAGAGGUGGGUCUCUGAGAUAGAUAUUAGAAGGAAGGUUGCAGGAGACCAGGAACUAUCACAUACUUGGUGGGAAGUGGUCAGGUUUACACAAUUUUUCACCUACUUUUAGUGUAGAGACAGAAAAUUAAUUAUUGAGCUUAGGGAGUUGGGGACAAAUAUAAAAAUUCUUCUUCUACGUAAUUUAUGAAAGUAAAAUAACUGAGCAAAGUUUAUGAUAUGCAUAACAAUGUGCAUUAAAUGAACAAUAUAUACUGAGGAUCCAGACUUUGAACUAAGCAUUGUGAUCAAUUGGACAAUGUAGUAGGUUAGAAUAUGUGACAAACGAUGUAUUAUUUUCAAUGUCUCUUAUUCAUUUUAUUGUUCCCAACCUAAUUUCAUAUUUUCCACAUUUGUUCUCCGUCUAUUUCUUCUCUAGUUUUUGUAACAUUGACCUGUGCUUUUCGCUAUGGUCGGGAUGACAUGGAACUCAUUGGUCUGAGCUUCAGGAAGGAUUUGUACGUUCUGUCCUGUCAAGUAUACCCACCUUGUCCAGAAGAUCAAAAGCCUCUCAGCCCCCUUCAAGAAAAACUUAAAGCAAAGCUAGGAGUGAACUCCUUCCCCUUCAGUUUUAAUGUGAGAAAUUAACAUAUUGAUUGGGAAUUAAAAAGGUUAGAUUUAUUGGGUGAGGUUAUCAAUCAUACAUUCUUUGUUUUAUAGAUUGCCAAGAAUUUACCAUGUUCUGUGACACUUCAACCAGGGCCAGAAGAUUCUGGGAAGGUGAGAAAGUUUAUCAUUGAAAAUAAGUACAGGUACUGGUACAGCAUACAGUGUGGGAUUGAUGGAAAAGAGGACAAUGGACAGGAAUAUGCACUUCCAGACCUUAUGAUGCUGGUGCUUAAUUAGAUCAUUUCAAAAAGGCAAGAAGAGGUAAACAAGUUUGAACAACAAACCAAGUUUAGGGAUCCAGGAAUCAAUUUAUUUAAAAGAGAAUCAAGGCCAAAACGAAAACUACUUAUACUAUGUCUAUAUAUAAGGACACUGAAAUAGACCUCAAUAAUGUUAAAAAAAAAAAAAAAGCAAAGCAGGAAGUGUGGUUGUCAACAAAAGCAUGACGUUAUUAAUAUAACAAUUAUCAAAUUAUAUGAUAUCAAAAUGAGUUUCCAUCCCUAGAGGUAUUUAAUCAAUCUCACUCCCCCUACCCUAUUAGCAGACCCUCAUAAUACAUGUUUAUAUUGUUAUAUAUUGGGUUUUUGUUUUUUAUUGAAUGCUCUCUAAGCUAAUAGAAGGUCUUUUAUGUUCACUAGCAAUUUGACACCUCAAGAGAUCUAGAAAUUAAAUGACAGAAUGCCACUCCAAGUUUUUUUGGCUGACAGAGACAUUGUUUAUUUAUGACAUUGGUAAAUGUCAGAAGAUCUAUAAUUCAUGUUGUGAUUUGAUAUAUUUAUCAAUCAUACAUGAAUGUAAAUUGAAUAUGCAAAAAAGAGUAUAUCAAUUGUCAAAUAGUUUACAUUCAGUGAAUCACCACUGUUGGCAACAAAUAUCCUAUAAUGCUCUUAGUCUUAAUUAAAUAAAAGUGGUGAAUUGUUAAAUAGGGUGACAAAUGAUUAUAUAAAUGUUUGAUGCCAUAUAAAAAAUGUACAUAAUAAUUCGUAAUUAUUUUUGUGUUUCUUACAAACACAUGUUCUUAAUUGAUUUCCUGUAGUUCCCACUUCUUGCAUUCUAAUUGGUGAUAUUGUCUUCCAGGCCUGUGGGGUGGAUUAUGAGGUGAAAGGAUUCUGGGCAGACAAUGUGGAGGAGAAAGUCCACAAGAGGUAGGAUAAAUAUUUCUUAGCAAAAUGACUUUCAAAGUGAUGCUAUCUCUUUGGUUAGUGGUAAUGGUGCAAGGAUUCCUUGGUCCAUCCUUACUAUUAAAGAACCAGUUUGGACACCAUAGCAACUUCAUCAAAAUUAUGUUGUUAUGGUUCCAGGGGGUCUCUGGUGCUGGCUCACCUUUAGGAGUUAUACCAUUCUCAAAUCAGAAGAAUACCAUUAGAACAAAAUGUAUUAUUAUCAUCAUCACAAUAACAAGGGGUGUAUGUUGACUUUUGACUAUAUUUUCAGAAAAGUACAGAUACAAACAUAUAAAAGAUUAAGAAGCUAUUUUGUAUUUUUAUACAAAGGCUAAGCCCUAGAUGAAUAAAGGGAAUAGAUUAGACAGAAAUAAAUCAUUUAAUGCAUCACAUAAAAUCCUAAGUCUAAAACUACUGCUAAUCUCAUCAGCAGACUAUACAAUUAUCUUCCCCAUAAUGUUAAAUUACAGUGAUAUCUAGAUAUUUACAAAUAGACAACUGUAAAUUUGGUCAAAUAAAGACUGGUUAUUACAAAUUCUACACAUUUUCUAAAAUGAAGCUUGGAUUUGCUCCUUCUCCUGCAGGAAUUCUGUAUGCCUCAUUAUUAGGAAGGUUCAGUAUGCUCCUGAGAUCUCUGGACCGGCCCCAAAAGCAGAUACCACACGUCAGUUCAUGAUGUCUGAUCGACCAUUGCAGCUGGAAGCCUCACUAGAAAAAGAGGUGCUGCCCUAACUCAAGAGCAAUCUCAAAUUAUUCUAAAUUCUCUUUUUAUCUUCCUGACACUACACUAUAUGGGUCUUGUCAUUUUUCUUAUUUUCCAAAUCCAGCUUGUGUGUUUAUGUGUAUAUGUUCUGUUGGCGCUUUAUAAAUACCAGUUGUGUGUGUGUGUGUGUGUUUGUUCUUGUUCUUAAAGGUGGCCUUAUGCAGAAACAUACCCUAGAGAGGGGAUGUUGUUCAUAUACUAUCUAUAUUACCAUCAUCUCAUUGCACAACUCCUUCAUUUUCGCUCUAGUUAAUUUCACUCUAAUCAGUCUCACCAAAAUAUCACUCUAGUUCAACAAGUCUUAUCAUGGUCUUCUUCCAGAUAUACUACCAUGGGGAGCCAAUCAAGGUUAAUGUGAAAAUCAACAAUACAACCAGCAAGAUUGUGAAAAAGAUCAAGAUUACAGGUGUGUGAAAAUUGCAGUGCGUGGCAUGUCCUUUUAGAUGUCAGAGUACUUUUGUCAACUGUGCUUGCUCUGUGUGAAACUGCAGCAAUAGGCAAGUAAGGAUCAGCAGUAGUCUGUAAGGUGACAGUAGAGUCUGACCCAACAUGGCUGCUCAGCCAGAUAAAGUACAAUUUUCUCAAAAAAGAAAAUGAAGUUGAGAAAAAAGUAAUUGCACAUAAUUAAAGAAAAUAUCAUUAAGUUUCAUUAAAAAAUGAGAAGUGAAUAUUUGAUGACAGUUGUCCUUUAAUUAAUUAAAGGAUCAAUAUAGUGUCAGGAAAACAAAACGGUUUUCCUGACACUAUAGUGCCCUGAGGGUGCCCCCACUCUCAGGGUCCCCCUUCCGUGGUACUGAAGGGGUUCAGUUACUCACCUUAAUCCAGCGCCGGGCUCACUCGGUGCUGGUCACCUCUCCUCCCCGGCCGACGUCAGCUCCCCCGUCUGACGUCAGCGGAGCCGAAUGCGCAUUUAAAGUGUCCAUAGGAAAGCAUUUCUCAAUGCUUUCCUAUGGACGCUCUGCAUGAUGGAGGCAUAUUAUGCCUCCAGCGUCGUAGAUGCGCCUCUAGUGGAUGUCCGGAAGACAGCCACUAGAGGCUGGAUUAACCCCAAAUGUAAACAUAGCAGUUUCUCAGAAACUGCUAUGUUUGCAUCUGAAGGGUUAAAACCUGAGGGACCUGGCACCCAGACCAAUUCAUUGAGCUGAAGUAGUCUGGGUGACUAUAGUGUCCCUUUAAAGAAAAUAUCAACAGAGUACUCUGUGGUAUACCUUGUAGUUUGUAUAUUGCUUACAUGUGUCAUAUAUGUCUUACAAACUAUUUAUUGCAACAAAAAAAAAAGGAAGGUCCUGAAUUUUAGACUUGUAUUUUUGAUGAUUUACUUUACUGCAGGGACAGAAUCACUGUGUACUCCAAAAAAUAUUGAGUAGAUUAGAGAAUGAAGUGUGUGAGCAGGCUGUUUCUGUCUAUGAUUCAUGUUACAAAUUAUUAAAAAAAUGUGUGUGACAUAUUAUCACUAUUUACAUGAAAUGUUUUCUCAUGGCCUACAAAGUGGAGCAAGUGACCGAUGUUGUGCUUUAUUCAUUGGACAAGUACACCAAGACAGUAUGCAGUGAAGAGAUCAAGUAAGUGCACAAAACAUAAGAUGAUAGAAUAAAUGUGAUGGAAAUUGGGAGACCGAGAAACCAAUUUUAUCAUAUGUUAAAGCAACACUCCAAGCACCAUAAUUACUACAGCCAACUGAAUUGGAUAUGGUGGUAGGAGCACCUUGGUGCCCCCACAAGUGUAAAUCUACAAAUUGUUUUAGAACAGUUUGACAACUUACACAGUGUGCGCAGGUCACCGCCACUGCUUCCUCUGCCCCAGAAGCUCUUACAAUGAGGUAAAACCAAUGGUGCAUGGAGGCGCUCAUAGACUGAGAGCACUCGCUGAUGUUUUCAGUCAACGAGCUGGCCCUACCUUGUAGCGUUUAGUUCAGUGGAGAUAACUGAAGCUCCCUGAAGGAGUCUUCAGCUCUAGACAAGGCUUUCUUAAAUUAUCAAUAUUAUCAUUUACAUAGCACCAAAAUUCCACAGCGCUUUACAAUAAAAUAAUGGGGAUAUUUAGCAAGUCAUUUACAAACAAAAAUGAACAAAGACAAGAGUUGAAGAAGGCCCUUCUAUAACGAGCUUACAAUGUAUGCAAAAAGGUAAAGUCACACAAGAGAAAUAAUAGUAUGUCAGGGUGGAGGAAGGACUGAUGUAUAAAUCCUUUGACUACUUACACUGGAGGGGAAACCAGGGUAGCAAUGAAACCAUAACCACUCCUUAAUCUGCCCUUUAUGCUAUUUUACACUCUGCUAUUUUAGACUCUCUAUACAAAUUCAUUGCUGCCAAUCCACUUUUACAUUUUUUGUAUUGCUCAUGUAUACCUAAUUUGAAAUGAUUAUGUUAAUAUAUGACUUUUGUAUCACUAUACUUUUUUGCAUUAACAAAGUACAAACAAGUAUACAAUCUUAUUAACUUCAAUUCCACCCCAGCACACAUAAACACUCCAUACAAAUACACCCCUGUAUUUACACAUACAGUAACAAACCAAACAAAUGCAUUCUUGCGUUAAUUGUAAUUCGGCUCAAAUACACUGCUGCAUUUACACCAACGUUCAACACAAAGGAACAUAUUUACUAAAUUCUGAAUAAUAGCAAAUUAAACUCAGAAUUACAAAAUUUAGGCUCAAGUAUAUGAUCUCGUAAAAUUCUCUAACUCAGCUACAGUCACUUGACUGUUUCCCCCCUUAGUUUUGGAAUUUGUACUACAAUUUACUGCAAUUCAGACUUAAGUGGCUAAACCUACUUACACUACUUGCAAAUAAACUAAUUUUGAUACACACAAAUAGCUUUUUACACUUACUGAGUUACUGUGAUUACAUACAAAUAAAUACAUGCAUUCAUACUGGCAGUAUUUAUAUAUAUAUAUAUAUAUAUAUAUAUAUAUAUAUAUAUAUAUAUAUAGUGAGAGAUACAAAAAAUAGCACAUGCAUUGACGUGGACAAAAUGCAACUGUUUUGUAUACACAAUGAAAGGUGCUCUGUGCAAAAAACAAAAAAACACUUACAAAAAUUAUACAGUAAAUAAUUGUUACAGCAGCUACUACACUAAUGUGGGUAUCUCUAAAAAAAAAUGCAACUGUGUUAACAACGAAUUUAAACACUCAGAUACAAACAAGCCUUCAUACACAUACCUUCACACUAUAUACAAAUAAAACGAUGCACACUGUUAUUUGAAACAUUUACUUAAUUCUGCUUUAAAGUGCCCAGGACAUAAUUUUGCCUUAGGGUCCUGAAGGCUGUCAAUCCGUUCCUGUAUAAGAUUCUUCUUCAUCCUUUCUCUGUCUCACCGCAUCUGUUUCUUAUAUUGUUUCUGUCUUUAUGUUCCUAGUGAUACAGUUUCAGCAAAUUCCUCAUUAUCCAGAACAUACUCUGUGACUCCAUUUUUAGCUGAUAACCGGGAGAAGAGAGGCCUGGCCUUGGAUGGCAAAUUAAAGCAUGGGGACACCAACUUGGCUUCAUCCACAAUGUAACUAUGACACAUUUGUCAGUCCACUGUCCAGUAUGCUACAUCCUGUAAUUGACAUAAUGCAUUGACUCUAAUAUCCCUAAUAAGCUCUUAGUACCAUGUGCAUGUUUUUGAAUAGUGCUUGGUAUACUUUGUUAAAAAUGUUUUCUCGCAAUAAGACAAUACAAAUAGCUGCAUUUGCUUCUUUUUUUUUAUAUGCAAAAAACUCAAAAAGGAAAUAGUCACACUGAACUGAUCAACCAAGGGAUAGAAGCUAUGGUCCAUGAAUAUUCAGUACACAGUACUCUUUAAUUUAGAUAUGAGAUGUAUGCCUGCAUAUGUCUUGCAGUGAGUGAUACAAUGAUAGAAAGUCUGUUUUGCUGGUGUUUUGGUAUGCUAUCAUGGAUUGAACCUUUGAGAACUAUAAAAUGAUUUACAUGAAUAUCGCUGCACGUGUUUUGUAUUUACAGCCUGCGCCCGGGCAUGGACAAGGAAGUGAUGGGAAUUUUGGUAUCUUAUAAAGUCCGAAUUAAUUUGAUGGUGGCCAGAGGAGGGUAUGUUAUAUUUCUAGUACAAACAUAUGCUGAGUAUUCCAGCAUGGACAAUUGUUUAUUUCAGCUGGUGUUUAGGGUAUGUGAGCAAAAAGUACAGUAAAUACAUUGAUGCACCACCAUGUCCCCAUAAAUCAGUUAAUGGGUCUGGUACCUAAGUAGGAAAAUGGGCCAUAGUGAUAGGAGAUGUCUGCACUGACCUCAUCUUAACAUGCAAACACAAUAUAACAGGAUAUGUAUCUUUAUGUGAAACCUAACUCUCCCUAAAACCUUUGCUGUGGUGAUCAGAAAAGGAUUAGGGAUUUUAGCUGCACUAGGCAACUUAAGACUUUAUGCCUCUUCAGCAUGAACAUUACCAGCAUCAAAUACAUAUACAACUGCCAUUCACUUUACAAUAGAAUAACUCAGACAAACAUAGACACAUACAAACACAUACUCUGUCAUAUAUAUGUAUAGAUACACAAUCACACAAGGUCAUAACACGCAUAAGCACCUAACCAUACACAGUCACAUACAUACCUAGGCACACACAAAAAUAUACAUAGACAAACACAGUCACAUAUACAUAGUCACACACACUAGCAUACACACAGUCACACAAAAAAUUUAUUUGAAUUCAUUAAACCUGCCUCUCAUACCCCUGCAGUUUACAUUAGUUGGCACCGAUGGUGAAGAGGAGAGGAGGCCAGAGUAACGGCAGACCCUGGUGUCUAGCAGUAAUGAUGAAGGCACUCUUUCCUUCUUCCCCCUUGGUGGGCUGCACUGUUAACAAGCAGCGGAUGCUGACAUAAGCCUUGCCUGAUAUGCACCUGCUCUAACUAAGCAGACAGCAACAAGCAGCUGUUACCCACGUCCCUGGUGGCAAUUAAUAGUCUGUACCCUGGAGGAGUAUUUUUAUUUUUUUUAACUACACAUUACAUCUUCAGGUAAAGGUAAGGCAAUCACAGGGGCACAAUGAAAAGAAAAAAAAACAAAGUAAAAGGGAACUAGGACCAAUAAUGGUAAAUGUAUACUGGGGAACUACAAAAAUAAUAAUAGAAUUACUUGUUAACCGUAUAACUAAACAGAGCAAAAUGGAAAACAGUAAAGCAAAAAAGAGAAUAAAGAAAACAGGAGGUUUAAAAAGUGGAAUAGAUUUACACAAAUGUACUAUUCCCUAUUCUAUUUUCUGAUGGCAGGUCUGUAAAUACUUUGUGUUGAUGUCACUAAUAAUUUCUAUGUAUAUUUCCUUCUUUUCAGCAUUCUGGGUGAUCUAACAUCAAGGUAAUUUCCACAUCUAAUGACAAUACAAACCUAACAUGUUAUCAUACUACACAUGCAAAUACAAACACAAACUCCAUAUCAUUCAAACAGCAAUCAACGUACUGAUAUUUUCGUAAAACCUUUAAAACAUUGUCUUUUUCUUUUUGCCUUCCAAAUGCCAUUACAGACAUAUAGUUGUUGUUCAUUAAUGAAAAUCUGUUUCUUUAUCUUAGUGACGUUUUUGUGGAUCUUCCGCUUAUACUGAUGCAUCCCAAACCAUCAGAGAGUAAGUUUACCUGCAGAGAAUAAAAUAUACAGUUGCAAGAAAAAGUAUGUGAACCCUUUGGAAUGAUAUGGAUUUCUGCACAAAUUGGUCAUAAAAUGUGAUCUGUUCAUCAUCUAAGUCACAACAAUAGACAAUCACAGUCUGCUUAAAUUAAUAACACACAAAGAAUGAAAUGUUGCCAUGUUUUUAUUGAACACACCAUGUAAACAUUCACAGUGCAGGUGGAAAAAGUAUAUGAACCCUUGGAUUUAAUAACUGGUUGAACCUCCUUUUGCAGCAAUAACGUCAACCAAAUGUUUCCUGUAGUUGCAGAUCAGACGUGCACAACGGUCAGGAGUAAUUCUUGACCAUUCCUCUGUACAGAACUGUUUCAGUUCAGCAAUAUUCUUGGGAUGUCUGGUGUGAAUCGCUUUCUUGAAGUUAUGCCACAGCAUCUCAAUGGGGUUGAGGUCAGGACUCUGACUGGGCCACUUCAGAAGGCGUAUUUUCUUCUGUUUAAGCCAUUCUGUUGUUGAUUUACUUCUAUGCUUUGGGUCAUUGUCCUGUUGAAACACCCAUCUUCUGUUGAGCUUCAGCUGGUAGACAGAUGGCCUUAAGUUCUCCUGCAAAAUGUCUUGAUAAACUUGGGAAUUAAUUUUUCCUUCGAUGAUAGCAAUGCGUCCAGGCCCUGAUGCAGCAAAGCAGCCCCAAACCAUGAUGCCACCACCACCAUACUUCACAGUUGGGAUAAGGUUUUAAUGUUGGUGUGCUGUGCCUUUUUUUCGCCACACAUAGUGUUGUGUGUUUCUUCCAAACAACUCAACUUUGGUUUCAUCUGUCCACAGAAUAUUUUGCCAGGACUGCUGUGGAACAUCCAGGUGCUCUUGUGCAAACUGUAAACGUGCAGCAAUGUUUUGUUUGGACAGCAGUGACUUCCUCUGUGGUAUCAUCCCAUGAAAUCCAUUCUUGUUUAAUGUUUUACGUAUUGUAGAUUCGCUAACAGGGAUGUUAGCAUUUGCCAGUGACUUUUGUAAGUCUUUAGCUGACACUCUAGGAUUCUUCUUCACCUCAUUGAGCAGUCUGCGAUGUGCUCUUGCAAUCAUCUUUACAGGACAGCCACUCCUAGGGAGAGUAGCAGCAGUGCUGAACUUUCUCCAUUUAAAGACAAUUUGUCUUACCGUGGACUGAUGAACAGCAAGGCUUUUGGAGAUACUUUUAUAACCCUUUCCAGCUUUAUGCAAGUUUAUGCACAAUUCUUAAUCGUAGGUCUUCUGAGAGCUCUUUUGUGCGAGGCAUCAUUCACAUCAGGCAAUGCUUCUUGUGAAAAGCAAACCCAGAACUGGUGUGUGUUUUUAGGGCAGGGCAGCUGUAACCAACACCUCCAAUCUCAUCUCAUUGAUUGGACUCCAGUUGGCUGACAUCUCACUCCAAUUAGCUCUUGGAGAUGUCAUUAGUCUAGGAGUUCACAUACUUUUUCCACCUGCACUGUGAAUGUUUACAUGGUGUGUUCAAUAAAUAUAUAUAUAUAUAGAUUCUAUUAAGCCACACUGUUUUAGCCUAUGUUGACUAGUGCAUGAGUCAAUAAAACACCUUAUUUUUUUAUCUAUCCAGUGGCAGUUUAAAAUAUGUACAUUUGUAAUCUUCUGAUAAGUAUAGAGAAAAAUUAGUCAAAUUAUUUAUUAUUUUACUUUUCAGUACAUAGGUGUCUCUGACUCCUGUCUCUCUCUAUUAAUGUCUCUAGCUCUACUAAUGAUUUAGUUUAGUGAAAUGCUUGUCGAUUGUUAGAGCAUUGUUAUCAAUUAAUUUAGUGAACUUAACCAUCAUUUUCUACUACUGCAAUCUACCCUUUAUCUGUCUAAUUAUGGAAGCUAGGAUUUAUAGCACAGUGAGUUGCUGAGGGCAAGCUUCACCUUAUUUCCCAAGAUUUAUUAAGUCCCAUUUUCCCACAAUACCCACCUGCCCAUUUCAUCCAUCCUCUCUAAUCUCACAAUUCUCUGUCAUUCAUGCAUGGGACUUUAAAAAGUGUACAUGAAGGUACACAAUACAUCACAGCCAGGAUCAGGCACCCUGGGAUUCCGUGAAAUAUCCCAGUGGGCCGCUUUUGUACUGUGUUGGUGUUCUAAUGCGCUAGGUUAGUGGCUCCUCAGCCUCCCCUAGCGCAGAACUGAGUUGCUCUCUCUUGGCUCUGAGCAGUCACUCAAAAUGUGCUGCUCGGUGAUGAGUGUCAGCUACUCUGCUCUCCUAUGCUGCUCUGCUUAAUUUGGGGGCUACUGCUAGUGAGGGAGCUCCAAUCCAUAUGGGCAUUGCCUGCACAGCUUCCUCGUACGCACUAUAUAGGUACCGGGAGCCGGAAUAUGAAAUCACUCCAGGUCUGGCACCACUGCAAGAUACACAAGAGAGCAGUACAGGAAAAGCCCAUAUGGAUCAGAGCUCCCUCAGAGGAGAGCAACCCACUCUGGCGAAAAAUGCACUUAAAAGGACACUUUAGUCACCAGAACCACUACAGCUUAAUGUAGUAGUCCUGGUGUCCAUAGCAUGACCCUGUAGUCUUUUCAAUGUAAACACUGCCUUUUCAGAGAAAAUUUUGUGUUUUUAUUUCUGCCUAGUAACACCUUAAGGUGCAGUCACUCAGAAAGCCACUAAAGGUGUUUCCUAGUACAGUGCUGAAAAGUGUGCAGUUCUGGAAUUCAGCGCCUCCACACUCUGCAUGGAGACGCUGUACAUUCUCCAUAGAGAUGUGUUUAUUCAAUGCAUCUCUAUGAAGAGAUAGUGAUUGGCGCAGCAUGGCAUAUUACCGCACAUGCGCAACAGCCUCCCAUUGCUUUCCUAUGGGAAAGCAUUGGACUAGCUGUAAUCAUCAAGAUCAUGGAGGCGAGACCAGAAGGGGCCAGAUAUGGUGAAAAUGGCAUGAUGUGGAUAAAGAGUAAGUUUAAUACCUUUUCAGAGCAAUUUGAGGGGAGCCAAGAAGCUCAACAGUUAAUGUAAUAAUAUAGUGUUAGGAAUACAUAUUUGUAAUCCUGACACUAUAUUGUUUCUUUAAGCAGCAGUGUCACAAGGAUAUUAACCCCCUCUCCUCAAUGGACCUCUUCCCAUACCAGACCAUAUAACACUGUUGGUGUCAACCCCUCUGAUUGUGUCUUCUGGUGCGCUGUGCACCAUCCACACCCCACCUAGUCACAACAGUGACUCAAGUUGUAUUGAUGCUCAGAGUAUCCUUUUCUAGUCUUGUCCUUAGCCCCCCUACAAUCACAGUGUACACCUGAGCCUCCAUUGAGAAGCUGGGCAAAGUAAUUUGCAUAGUCUCUGUCUUUAGUAGUUUGGCUACAUCCAGUGACCAUGCAAGGAAGGGGUGCACUAGUACGGUUGGCCCCACUCUUGUCUGCAGUUCAGUAAUUUUUGUAUGUGACUGAGCAAAGUAUUUGGAGUUUUAUAACGCAUUGCUAGUAUGAGUGUUUCUUUUAUAUUCACGCAGAAUAUAUCAGAUUAACUGCCACUGUAAUGAUUAUAUUCAAAUUUUUGAGAAUGUGUUUUCAUGGUGCAUAUUUUCUUCUGUUCCCCCAAUCUCUCUCUCUGGUUACAUGAAAUCUACAGACAUGACAAGGUAAGAGCAAGUGACACAUAAAAAAUAGUUUUUUGGGGAUAUUUCUGUAUUGUGCGAUAUUGACCAUAUACUUAUUAAAUGGCAGAUAAAUAUUGAUUAUACCAAGCUUUGUUCGUAUGACAGUUAUACAGUUACUGUGUUUAUAUUACAGUUAAAAUAUCCCUUUUAAAUUAACUCCCCAAAUUCCUCUACACCCAGUCAUCGCUUUUUUUCCCCCUUAAUACAGUGCAGAGGAUGUGGUAAUUGAAGAAUUCGCUCGCCACCAGCUGGAAGGAGGUGAUGAUGAAGAAGAGAAAGAGGAAACAGAAAGCUGAAGUGACCACAACACCAAUCCAUAGAAAAUUAACAAAUCAUUCUCAAAAAUACCAUAACAAUUUUAAAGCAAUUUGUAAUCUUCCAGUGUCAGUGGAUACACUAGCAUCCUACUCAUCAUUUCCAUUUGUUUGAAUCCGUGUUCGUGUUGUUGCAUUACCUGUGAUCCCAGUGAAAUUGCCAUGUACUCCUAAAUCAAUAAAAUACUCAAACUUUUAUGUGUUUGAAUCCCAUCUUCUCAGGAGUACUGGCUAUGGCAUGAGAAUUGUGAAAAAUAAAGGUACAUUAUUCACACAGCAUUUCAUAAUUUACAGAUUUUACUAUGAGCAUGACGUAAAGUCAUGAUUUUAUUAAUGACAUGGAGGCUCCUAUUAUGCUGCACUCUUUCUUUAUUUACCUCAACAGCAAAGAAAAAUAACAUUAAAUCAGUUUAGAAGAAACCAGUAAAUAACAUGAGGUAUAUCUUCCUAGCAACAGGAACAGCCAAUCAGCAUCCUCUUUGUAGCAUAAUAGGCAGUGUCCAGUAUACUACUUCCUCUUUCUUGCGAUCCCGAACAAGGACAACAAAUCCAAAUAAUAAGUGGGCUCCAAUAAGAGGGUAUACGAGCCUUAAACUGGAUCUCGAAGUCAAGCUGGAAGAGAAAGGAUAAUAUGGUAAUAUCAAAGUAUAAAACUGGAUUUAUGCAUAAAUUUGCAUUACAUGGAAUAUCAUAUAUAUAUGCAUAACAUGAAAUUCAGUUUAGUCAAACCUUAAGCUCUUGACAGUCAUUAACAUAAAUAAAACCCGGU